AUUUCUAGUUUAGAUGAAUAAAAGAUAAAUAAAAGAUAGAGCCUUUAAAACAAAAACAGUAGUUUUAUAAGUAGUUCUUAUAACUUCUUGAGUUCGCCAUGGUUUUUACAUAACAUUGGUUAUGAGUUGGUUUGAUACAAAAACAUUCUCUAAUUAUGCUAAAACUGCUCUAAAACAAGCUCAAAAGAAUAUUGACAAAGUACUAGAUAUAAAAGAUGAAGUAGUCACAGAUUCUCUGAUUUCUAUUCCAACGACUUCAACCUCAAUAUCAUAUAACCACCGAAAAGUACAACCUCCUACUGUAUCUUCUGCAUCAAAUCUUUCAACUGAUACAUUUUUUGAUUCAUUUUUUGAAAAUUCACAAGCAGUUAGCAAAAAAAAAGACAAAUUGAGCCAUGUUUUGAGCACACCUAAUGACAAAUUUGAAAAGUCUAAUAAUGAAUCUGAAAAAUCCAAAAAGCAGUUACCGUUUAAUGAAUGGGUUGACUUUUCUAAUGAAGCUGCACUAAAUUCUCCUGUAACAAAACAAACAAGCAAUCUAGAUGAUACAAUUCUUGAAACAAUUGAACCUAUUAAUUCAAAGAACAAAAAAGAUAAUAGUUUAAUUGAUAUUUCUUUGAAUGAAAAAAUUAGUUCAGUUGAAAAUACUGCAGAUUGUUUGCAGGAUGAUCAUAGCAGAGAUUUGUUAAAUGUUGAAUUGAUGGUGAACCAAAUACAAGAUGCUGAAAAAAGUAGUUUAAAUGAUAUUCAAAAUCAAAACUCUAUUUAUUUAAAUCAAAAAUCUGAAAAUUUCUUCAUUGAAGAUCAAAUUUUAAAUACAGAAAAUAAAAUUACUUCUGAUUUUAAUCAUUACCUUGAUAAUUCUCUCAUUUCAUCUGAUAGUUUAGGAAACACAUAUGUUGGUCAGGAAAAUAGUACAGAAGAAAAAUAUUUUCAUCUUGAGACUGACCUAGAAAAAAAAGAAAACAAUUUAUGUGAUAAUCAUAAGAAGCAUAACAAUAUUCCUUACUCUAAACAACAUAACAACUCUAAUCACCAUGACAAUAUUCCUUACUCUAAACAACAUAACAACUCUAAUCACCAUGACAAUAUUCCUUACUCUAAUCACCAUGAAACUGUUUUUAAAAUUCCUGAGUUAGAUUGUCUAGAUCAAAAAACAGAAAUUACUUUUAAUAGUGAUGCAAAUAAUUCUUCUGGCAAUGAGAAUGAACCUUUCCUUCUAAAUAAAGAUAUAGACCAGUACAAGGAUGUAAUCAAAGUAACAGAAGAAAACGAAUAUUCGGAUUUUCAUCAAACUCAUCAUAAUGAUUCAUCUCAAUUUAAUGUUUUAGAAUACACUGAGGAAAUUGCAAGACUAAAGUGUAUUCUUGAAGCUCGCGAAAAUAAAAUGGUUGAGUUGAGUCACGAAAAUAUACGUUUAAAUGAACAUAACAGUGCGUACAAAAUUCAGCUGGAGCAAUGCAAGACUUUAUUAAAGCAGAAGAAUAAAACAGAUGAAGAAUCAUUUAAUCAGCUAAAAAAAACACUUCAUGAAACAGAAAGCAAGUUUCAGCUUGUUAUCAAGGAACGCGAUACUUUAAAACAAAAGUUAGCAACAGCAGAACAGCAAAUUCAAAAAAGUGAAAAAGACCUCCAAAUGUCACUAACUCAAUCAGUAGCAGAGAAAGAAGAAACUAUUAAAGCUUUGUUAGAAGAAGGGGAAGCAUUAUCUAAGAAAGAACUAGAAAACAAUAUUAAAAUAAAAAAAUUAAGAGUAAAGCUAAAGGAGUUUAUGGCAAAAAAUGACAAACUCAGUACCUCAAUUGGUGAGCUGAAUGCAGAAAUUCAAAAAGUUAAUGAUAUGUUGGUAGAAAAAGAAAAAGAAAAUCAACAGCAAGAAGCUGAAAUAUUAAAGCUGCAAAAAAUGACAGAUUUACAAGAAGAUGAAAUAACUGCUCUAAAAGAAAGUAUUGAUGAAAAUGAUGAAAAGUAUAAGGCAAUGGAAACCUCUAUCCAAGUUGCUUAUAGUGAAAUCAAUAGGCUAAAUUUAGAAAAAGCUCAAAUGGAGUCAGAAGUAAAUGAAGGUCAUGCUGCAAUAGCUAUGAAAAAGGAACUUGAACUCAAAAUUAGGGAUCUUGAAAGAUUAUCUUCAUUUGACCGAGAGGAACUCCAAAGACAAAUGGAUGACUUACAAAUGGCAUAUUCUCGUCUCGAGCAACAAUCAGCAAGACAAGAAAAUUAUUUGAAAAGAGAAAUACAAGACCUACUUAAAAGGUUAGAGGAAGGUGAGAACAGGAACCAAGAACUUCUACAAAGUGUAUCUACAGCAACCAAGCCUCUAUUGCGCCAAAUCGAAAAUUUACAAACAAGUCAUUCCAAACAUGUGGAAAAUUGGGAAAGAGUGGAGUUUAAUCUAACUAGUCGUUUAAGUGAUAUGCAACAACAGUUAGCACUUGCAACUGAAAAAGAAAGAUCUGCAACAGAAUUAGCUGAAGAGUUAAAAGCAAAAUGUAAAGCAUUGGAAGUUGAAUUUCGAAGGGUAAAACAAGAGAAAUCAAUUUGUGAUGAAAUACUAGAAGAAGAACAGUCAAAAAGGAAAAGCAUGGAGGAAGUUUUUAAAAGGGAGAAAUCACAGAAUGAUGAUAUUAUCAGUAAUUUAAAGAAAAUGUAUGAUGGAAUAUUAAAUGAAAAGAGUUUGCUGGAAGACCAAUUGGCUACUGAAAGAUUGCAUCAUGAACAUGAGAUUUCUCAGUUAACAUUUAAUCAUUCCAAUGUUCAAUCUAGCUCAUUAAGUCGACAAAUUAGCACUGACUCUCUUGUAAAAUUAGAUGAUACUGGUCCAUCACAAAAGAAUUCUUUUAUACAAUUAUAUCCUGAUACAUUGGCAAAUAGCAUUCAGGAUUGGUCUAGUAGUAUGCGUUCCACAACUACAACAGCAUCGUUAGAACACAUAGAUAUCCAGCUUAGAAAACGAGAUGGUGAACUUUUUUUGCUACGUGAAGAAGUCAAUUCUCUAGAACGGACAAGAGCUUCACUAGCUCGCGAUUUGGUGUCUGCAACAAGCAGGCUAGAAGAGCUCGAGAUGCAAUCCCAAGAAUUGCAUUUGUUUAAAAUCAAAUACGAGGAAUUAAGCAACCGUUACAAUGCAAUGCUACAAAUGUAUGGCGAGAAAGAAGAAGAAAAUGAAGAGUUGAAAAUGGACCUAGAAGACAUUAAGGCACUAUAUAAACAGCAGGUCCAAGAGUUGUUAUUGUCCGGUAGAUGACCACUUAAAUUGGCUACAUAAUUAUUUUCACUAUUUACGUUGCGUAUUGGCAUCACAGAUUGCUUUAAAAAUCACGGAUUUGCUGGUUACAUAAAAUAGUUCACACGCAGCGCAUAAGAAUACUUUCGGUAUCCGUUGAUAAUAAUUUUUCGUAAUCUUAAUGGAAGUGCGAUCUUACUGAUUUUCCUUAAAUGUUAUGGGACUGCGAACUUAUUUCUUAUUUUCUUAACCGUAUUUUUUAUUAUUAAUGUUUUUAUAAUUAUUUAAAUAAAAUUUGAGGUAUGAACUAUAGUCUUGAUUAACUAUAUGUAUAAUAGUUAAUAUAUGUAUUUAGUUGAUUAACUAUAUAUAUUUUGAUUAAUUUA